AACCAAUCCCCGCGCUAGGAAGUAGUGCCCAUUCCAAAGCAGCGGCCCCGUUGCAGCGCCAGAAUGGUGUGCACAACCCCUGCGGCCAUAGCGUGCGUUGCGUCAACCUUGGCAUCGCUAGCAAUUGUCGUGACCCAAGACCUACCGCUUUGGGCAGUGUAUGACUCGGCAUUUACGUCGAAACACACCGCUGUCGUAGGUGGUGGUAAUUUGUCCACACUGGUUCAUGUAGGUAUCUAUACCAUAUGCCUGGAAACCCAGAGCAACCAGUCCGUGGCAGACCCGCGCCACCCGAAUGCAGUGUAUACGUGCACCGAGCUGUCGUCGUCGACAGUGUAUCAGCUUAACUGCACCACAACCAAACGCGGUGGGCUGCCGUCGCACUGCUCUGCGAUUGAAACGAUCGAUUCCGUCCUACCCUUGUGCGCGACGAAAGGUCACAACGACGGGGUCGCAUACAACUGGCACGCGUUGACGUUGUAUCAAUCAUUGGACAGAUCGUCUGUGGCCGCCGUGCAACUCAGUCGAUUCUUAGUCUCGGCGUGUGGAGCCACCGGACUUGUCGUCCAGUUCAUGGGGACGGCCGUGAUGUACUCAUCUUGUGCGUUUACAGGCGUGCUGGUGCUUGAAGCCAUCUGCCUGCCGUUUCGCAUCAUGCGGCAUGUGCUGCAGGUGGCGAUGGUUAUCGGAUGGAUCAUGGUGCUCACAAGCGUCGUGUUGUUUAUUUCGUGGGGGUUUGAAGCCAGUCAUCUUGGGAGUUUCAAGUUUGCAGAGGCCACGUACGUGGCGUUCGGAGGAGUGGUCCUAAGCAUCGUGGCGCUGGCUGCUACCCACAUGCAUGCCAACAUCGUGUAUCAGAAACAUCGUCCGACCUCUUUGAGCCGCGGCAGUGUGUACGUCGACCCAAAGACGCGACUGCAUGUCUUGGUCGACACGGACGAAGCCACGAUCGUGUUGGACAUCGAUGACGCUGACAACGACGGAGUCGACGACGGAGCCGACAACGACGGAGUCGACGACGGAGCCGACGACGACUCGUGUUUGCCGUUAUAAACGGUGUAACAUCUUUGGGCUUGUAGUAUCUCAUGGAUAGGUGUAAUGAAUGUCCACGUAAAUAUAGUGACACCAUGCACCGAAUGGCGUCGUUGAGGCGAAUUCAUGCGCG